AUGAUUGGCUCACGCGCAGCCCAGUUGUUCCUUCGGGCGAGCCGGCAGGCAUCCCAGGCAGGUCUUUCUGUUCGGUCAAAUGUCUUCAAGACUGAAGCUCUUCGGAGGGAUGGAUUCCGGUGUAUAUCUACAUCAGUCCAGUCGACACUAAACCGAGUACCAAAUGGAGGAUUAAGACCUCGUUGUCUGCAGACAGCCGUGAUCCCACCAUCAUUCUUUACGCAGCAAAGAUGGUCCGGGUCAAAAUCGCCAGAAAACAAAACCCCUGAACAACCCGAGGGAUCUAAGAAAACACCUAUUCUAUCGCGGAUUCCCCUGCCAACCUCCCACGAGAAUAUCUACACUGUGCCCAACAUUCUCACAUUCUCCCGGCUACUCGCCGCCCCCGUGGUCGGGUAUCUCCUUGUCCACAACUACCACACAGCAGCUCUAUCCUUGUUCGCCUACGCGGGCAUCACCGAUCUCGUCGAUGGCUACAUCGCCCGGCGAUAUAACCUCCAAACCGUGGUUGGAACCAUCAUUGAUCCUAUGGCCGAUAAGCUAUUGAUGACCAUUGGUGUUGCGUGUCUAGCUGUGAAUGGCUCCCUUCCUGUCUGGCUCGCUGUGAUCAUCCUCGGUCGCGAUGUUGGUCUGGCAAUCUCGGCUAUCUACUACCGUUGGAUUUCGCUGCCUGAGCCUAAGACUAUGGCCCGGUACUGGGACUUUUCGCUUCCCUCGGCAGAAGUCAAGCCUACUGAGAUCUCGAAGAUCAAUACUGCCCUGCAGUUGGUGUUGGUGGGUAGUGCGAUUGCGCUGCCUGUGGUCCCUGAGGCGUUUGUCAGUGCUUGGCAUUUGAGCGAGGCUAUGACUGGAUUCCAGUAA